AUGAGUGCUGGGGCAGAAGUUGAUGCAUCGAUAACAACAGAAAUGAUUUAUCUAUUGAAGGAUUAUACUUUAGAUUUCAAGUCCUCUAAUGGCAGAUUCAAUACAGCCUCUUUGAAGCCAACAAUCACACCAGCAAAGGAGGAUAGUGAGGAUUGGGAAUACAACCUGGCAAUAUACUUGACUCUCUUCUUCUUUUUGUUGCUCUUGCUGGUUUUAUUUCUUUUUAUGGUCAUCAAACAGCUGAAGAAUUCAGUAGCAGCUGUUGUGUGGCAGCCUGGUCGCUCUGUUAGAGAACCCUGGAAUGCGCACAGAGAACAGGCUGUCUAG